AUGGAUGUUAUUCGAAUUUGUAUAUUGGUGGGUAGCGCCCGGACGGGUGGUAACAGUAUUGGUAUAUCGAAAUGGGUGAAUAAUGUUCUCGAUGACUUACUGCAAGAUUCGAGCUAUGGAAUCACUAAAUCCAAUAUCACAAUCAUUGAUCCACACACGAAACCGCAUCCAACUCAUCCUGUUCUAGACGAAAUAAUUCCUGCCUUACGACAAGAUUCAACGUCUUAUUCCAGCCAGGAGGUGAGAGAAUGGAGUGAAUUCAUACAGUCGUGUAAUGCGUUAAUCGUGGUAACUCCUCAAUACAAUUGGGGCUAUCCGAGUACGCUUAAACUAGCUAUCGACGUUUUGUACCGUGAAUGGCGUGCGAAGCCUGCAGCUGUUAUUACUCUAGGAGGUCAUGGUGGCAGUAAGUGCGAUGAACAGCUACGUCAAGUUAUGGCCGGAGUUAAAAUGGAUACGGUGGAGCAGAGAGUACAGAUAACGUUACCGGAACAGUACAUACGUGGAAAUGAACGUGUCACACCAUCGGAGGAACGGGAUACUUUUCUGGAAGAUUACAAAGACGCUUUACAGAUAGCAUUGAAGCAGUUGAUUGAAAAAAUUGGGAACAGAAAAUCGGGAAGUGAAACCAAGUAA